ACAGCGAGGCAUUCUGGGACAUGUAGUCCUCUCUGAUCUCUCACCAGACGAGGCCUUUUCGUUUUCGCCCACGCCCCAGGCUUUCUUAGUCCCAGCAGCCGGUAUCUUGCUCAGACCCUGCGGUUGGUAAGGAUGCUGUUUGCUGCCGCCGCGGAGCGUAAUAAAGCUCCGAUUUUGGAGGUGCUGCGGCAGUACGUGAACCCGACUUCCCCUGAUGUCCGGGCCCUGGAGGUGGCCUCGGGCACCGGGCAGCACGUAGCCCACUUUGCACGGGCUCUGCCCCACGUACGGUGGCAGCCCAGCGAGUUCGACCCGCGUUGCCUGCAGAGUAUCUCGGAGCACAUCUCGAGCUCGUCGCUCGUUAAUGUGGAGCAGCCCCUGACUCUGGACGCCUCUCAGAACUGGGAAACCUGGGGCCCGAGAGCCAACUCGCUGCAACUCAUCGUCUGUAUUAACAUGAUCCACAUUUCCGAGCCCAGCUGCACCCAGGGUCUCUUUAAAGGGGCAGGGUGCCUUCUGCAGGCUGGCGGCGUGCUUUUCACGUAUGGGCCGUAUUCCGUGAAUGGGGUCCUCACGCCGCAGAGUAACGUGGAUUUUCAUAUGAGUUUGAAGAGGAGUAACCCUGCGUGGGGAGUUUGGGACACGGCCGAUUUGCAAGACCUGGCGAAGGCCAACGGGAUGACGUUGGAGAGAAUGGUUGACAUGCCUGCUAACAACAAAUGCUUGAUCUUCAGGAAAAUGUGACCUUAGCUCCUCCGGCAAACGACAACGACCCACAGAACGGGUGCCGAGACAUUCUACACGAGUAUAAGCUAGUUAUUCUGCUUUCCUGUCUGUGCCUUGAAAGGACUCAGCUAUAUUUGCAUUGCAAACAUGUAUUUCUUUUUACCUGCCUUUGUUGAUAAAAUACACAUUUUGUUUUUUUUAAGUUUUGAGUUUGGGAAAAAAAGCUGCACAUUUUUAUUAAAAAAGGGACCUUCUAACAAAGCAAUUUUAACCGGAGUCACAAUGUAUUUACAUGAAUGCUGAUAAGGAAAGAAAAUCCGACAUAAUCAGUAAUGAGUAUCAGGCUUUAUUGCAUGUUUUUAUAUAGAGUUAGUUAUAGGUUUGCAAUCUGUUGGGUGUGAUGUCUCCACCUAGUGGCUAAUAUAGCGUAUUGCAUCCUAUCAGCUUUCAGGAAGAAAAUGCCCUAAUCACGAUGACUUGCUAAUUUGGCUAACUAUCUGUUGUACUGCAGCAAAACUUAUUGUAACAGAUGCUGGGCCACCGUUAUUGGGACUGCAAUUUUAUAUUGACUUCCAGGGGUUAAAUGUAACAUUUAGUGUUUUCACCCUCUUGUUACCAUUUGUAUGUGUGAGAAUGACACACAUGUUGUGUAUUUGCCUUUGUUGUAUGUGUGAUGAGAUCAGCCGGAUGUUGUCUGUUCAGUCCGUUGCCAUUAUGUUAAUCUUUUCUUGUUUCCUGUGUAUGUCAGUUUCCCCUCCCUGAGUAAAGUGCUCUCUUGCAUCCUGACGUGAGUGUUGUGUCUGAUUGUAGGGUUUUUCGGGAGACCCUUUUCCCCACCAGAAGCCCCUUUACUCUGGAGCAGCUACCCAUCUUGUAGCCAGCUUUGGCUAUGAGGAAGGUGGCAGCGACAGCCGGGGACGUCCCAGUUGGUUCCCGUUACACUUGUCUUGGAGUUAAACUCCUUAUGCUGAUGUCAGGGAGUUAUUUGCUUAUCCCAGCCUUUCUAUAGUUAUUGACGUUCGGAUUAGUUUAGGUCAGAAGACAUUUUUUGGUAAUAUAAGUAGAUUACUAACUACUUCUUAUACUGUUGAUUCUAUAGACGUUUGUGUGACUCCACCAACAUUCCUCAGAAAUAUGAUUUUUGCUCUUCCCACGUUUUGUCUUUUAGAAUUUUUCCUGGGAAUGCUUAAUUGUCAUGUGACACAAAAGUACCCUCUGAUAGGCUGUUGCCAUAGUAACUGCUUCAUUUUUUUUCAUGUGUUUUUUUAUCUGAUUAAAUCUUCAGAAGAAAGAAUGAAACGCCA